UGUGUCUGAGCUGUUUUCUUUGAGCUAUUCUAUGGGUUGAGGUUUUUCUGUUCAGACUUGUUGAACUAGUUUCAUUUCAACUACUUGAAAUUCGUUUCCUUAUUUCUUCUAGCUGUAGAACUUUAAUAUAUCUAGAGAUGAUAGUUGAUUAGAAAGUCGAGUUCAGUGGAUGCUUCCGAGAUCAUAAUUUUUCUCCUGCAGAUGAUGUAUCGGGCAGGCGGGUUUGGCAGCCGAAGCCGACAUUUGAAACCAUGGAUGAUGGCCCUUCUCAUUGUGCUGUUGCUGACUGUGGUGGCAGUGACCAUCGGUCUUCUAGCUCACUUCUUAGUCUCCGGCCAAAGAAUGGAGUAUUAUCAUGGUACCUUUAAAAUUUUAAAUCUACAAAUCAAUAGUGAUUCCGGACAAACUGGCAAAUAUCAACUUAAGGACUUAAAAGAAAUGAGUGAAAACUUGGUGGAUGACACAUUUAUAGAUUCGGCCUUGAACGAGCAUUAUAUCAAGAAUCGAGUAGUCAGACUGACUCCAGAGGAAGAUGGUGUGAAAGCAGAUGUCGUUAUGGUGUUCCAGUUCCCCUCUGCUGAGCAAAGGGCAGUAAGGAAGGAGAAAAUCCACAGUAUCUUAAACCAGAAGAUAAGGAAUACGAGAGCCUUGUCAAUAAAUGCCUCAUCAAUCCAAGUUAAUGCAAUGAGCUCAUCAACAGGGAAGUUAACUGUCCAAGCAUGUUGUGGUAAACGAGUUGUUCCAUUAACUGUCAACAGGAUAAUGUCUGGAGACGUUGCGGCCAGAGCUGCCUGGCCGUGGCAAGCUUCCCUUCAGCGUGAUAACGUCCAUCAGUGUGGGGCCACUUUGAUUAGUAAUACAUGGCUCAUCACUGCAGCUCACUGCUUUAAGUAUAAAGCAAAUCCACGCCAAUGGACUGUUAGCUUUGGAACAACAAUCAAUCCUCCAUUGAUGAAAAGAAAUGUCAGAAGAAUUAUUGUCCAUGAGAGGUAUCACUCCCCAGCAAGAGAGUAUGACAUUGCUGUUGUGCAGUUCUCCCCCAGAGUUGCCUUUAGUGAUGACGUCCGCCGGGUCUGUUUGCCAGAAGCCUCUGCAAGCUUCCGACCAAAUUCAACUGUCUAUAUCACAGGAUUUGGAGCGCUUUACUACGGUGGGGAAUCUCAAAAUGAUCUCCGAGAAGCCAGAGUCAAGAUCAUAAGCGAUGAUGUAUGCAAGCAACCACAAGUAUACGGCAACGACAUAAAGUUUGGGAUGUUUUGUGCUGGAUAUCUGGAAGGCAUUUAUGAUGCCUGCAGGGGUGAUUCUGGGGGACCUUUGGUCAUAAAGGAUCUUAAAGAUACCUGGUAUCUCAUUGGAAUUGUGAGCUGGGGAGAUAACUGUGGCCAAAGGAACAAACCCGGUGUCUACACAAUGGUGGCAUAUUACCGACACUGGAUUGCUUCAAAAACAGGCCUAUAAGUCAAUGUGCGAGUUAGACACGCAGAGCCGUGCGCAGGCCAUGCCUGUGUGAGAGUCCACAUACUCAGGAGAUGUAGUUUAAUGGAACGAGAUUAAUGACUGGAUCUAGAAACACAAGAUACAUGACAUGAUGUAUUUUAGAGUCCCUUUAAUCAACUAAUAACCCAUAGCUACCCAUAGUCAGUUCAUAAAGGAUUUAAAUUUGUAAAGUAGUGGGUCAGUUAGCCUGAUUUGAAAAACACAGCAGAUACUGAGCUCUUUAAAUCAUGCAAGUGGGAGUAUAAAAGAGGAGCAAUGCAAUGUUUUAUGGAUAAUCCAUGAGAUUUGUCCAGGGUGUCACCUUAGGUGAGUAACAUUUUAAACUCUCAAAAGUUCAGAAAAUCUUUAUACAGGGGUGGACAAAAGUGGAUUUACAGUUAUGAGUACAGGAAACACAGAGUUUAUUAUUUAUUAAUUAUUAUAUUAUCUUACAUACAAAUAACUGUAAACCUACUUUUGCCCACCCCUAUAUAAUCUCCAGAGCUCACAAAUACUUUUUUCUCAUUAUUCCAAAGAGGUUUUCCACUAUAAGAAAAUAAAUUUUUUACUUAUAGUGUCAUUGGAGGGUCUUUAUAAAAGAAAGUUAUAUAUGGGGGAAAAAGGUAUUGUGAUAAAUUAAGCCAGAGAGCUUCUAAACUUUUCUUUCAGUUCUAACCUCCCUUAUUUUUGGUGGCUUUUUAAAAAGAUACACACACACAAAUAUUCCCACCCUACAGAUACACUCAGAAAAAAGCCUGAGUAAUGAAUGAUGGUAUAAAUUAACUAACUAGUCAAAAAUGUAUUUUUGUUGCAAAUAAUUUUGGAGAAGGUGAUAGUAACUUCAUGGGCAGUCCCUAAACAGAGGCCAAAAUUUUGACAUUUUAUAGAUGCAUUUACAUGUAUGGACCAACGGGAGGUGACUUGGUACACUACUAAAGGUUAAAUGCCUAGAGAAAAAAAGAAAGAGAGAGAAUUUGCCAAUACAUUGAAGAAUCAGAGAACGUUGUCCUUCUAGAUAAAAAAAGUUUCCUUGUAUUGCUGCAGCUAAUUACUCCCUAAAGCUUGUGGCAAUAGGCUACUGCAACCAUGAAAUCCUAGUUAAAAAAUGUUAAAUAGGGACUUCCGCCAAGAUGGAGGCGUAGGUGGAAGCACUACACCUUAUCGCACAACCAAGUUUAAAAACAAUAAAGUUUUAGCAACAAAAACGCAGCCAAACUACAGAAAACUGAACUACAUAGAAGUCUGACAACAAUGAACCCUUCAGCCAAACCAGUAAGGGGGCAGAGCCAGCAGCAGAGUGGGGUUGGGCAGGAAAGAUCCACCAGACCAACCUGGGAGUAAGACCCAGGUGUGUCAGCAGCUGUGGGCGGAUCCCAGGUGUGGAGAAGUGGGUGGACCCACUGAGGGCUCAUCUCAGUCACACAUUCGCAAGCAGAUAAACCGGUGAAGGAGCGAGCACUGAGACGAACCAGGCAGGCUUCAGCGGCAGGAAGUGGCAGAGGGAACUGCCAUUGUCCCUCUCUGACCCCGCCCCCACACACAGCAUCACAAACCAGCAACCUGGGUGGCCCCGCCCUGGUGAACAUCUAAGGCUCCUCUCCUCAUACUUAACAGACAUGAACAGACCAAAAAUGACUCAAGAAGAUCUCAAAGCCCCAAAGCUCAUAACUCUAAGCAAUGAAGAAAUAGCAAAACUUUCAGAUGCACAGUUCAAAACACUGGUGAUCAGGAUGCUCACAAAACUGGUUGAUUUUAGUUACAAAUCAGAGGAACAUAUGAAGGCUAGACUCAUUGAAAUGAAGGGAAAUACACAGGAAACCAAUAGUGAUGGAAAGGAAACUGGAACUCAAAUCAAAGGAGUGGACCAGAAGAAAGCAAAUAAUGGCCAAACAGGAAAGGGUGAAGAAAUAAGAAUUCAAAAAAAUGAGGAGAGGCUUAGGAACCUCCAGGACAUCUUUAAACACUCCAACAUCCUAAUUAUAGGAGUACCAGAAGGGGAAGAGGAAUAGCCAUGGGUGGAAAACUUAUUUGAACAAAUAAUAAAGGAGAAUUUCCCCAAUCUGGCAAAGGAAAUAGACUUCCAGGAAAUCCAUGAAGCUCAGAGAGUCCCAAAGAAGUUGGACCCAAGAAGAAACACACCAAGGCACAUCAUCAUUACA